GCUAGGCGGGCACUGUAUGAGCUAGGAUGCAGCUCCAGAAACAACCUACCACGGCAAAACACGCCGUCACCUUUGUCCCGCGACGACGUAGUUGAGUCUGCUGCCGACUAGCCUCUGUACGGUGAGACUACACUGCCUCGAUUUUGCGAGCCUAGACCUUGUGCCAGCUUCGAGAGCUUCGCCCGUGUGUAAGGGCUGGAGCCCCCGAUUCGAGCAGUCCAUCUCGACAUCCCACAUUUUUCACGACGGGUUAGCCCACUCACUCCCCCAGUAUUGAAUCAAAUUUGCCCCCGAGUCGACGACAACGAUGGAGGCCUCUACUCUCGACGCGCGUCGGUGAACUCCUGGCUGCGCAUGAAUUGUUGAGACCCAUUGCAGUAGGUGGCUAUACCACUCGGGGUCCCGAGACUAAAAGGAAGGAAGAAGGGGGAAAAAAUCAAGAGCAGAAAACUACCCACGCAACUGCUCCUUUGCGCCGGUCCGCUGCGGCUUUCAUUCCCCUCCGCUACUGGAUUCGAAUAUACCAACGACAACAAAAUACCGCGUCCUCGAAGAAUAAGAAAAGGAGGCCGACAUGCGUCUCUAUCUCCUGCCCGUCUCCACGCGGCGCACGCUGCUGUACUGCAAGCGCGCGCCGGCCGUGAACGAGAAGCGGACGGUGAUGGACAAGGUCCAGGACAAGGCCGCGCGCCUCUGGGCCGGCUGGGAGAAGAAGGAUGGCGGCUGGCAACGCAAGGUGGUCGAAUACGGCAACUACGCCUUCCGUCGGAUCCCCUUCGAGGAAUGGGGCCUAAAGUCGGUGCAGCCGCUCAGCGCGGCCGUCCGGCGUAGCGUCGAGGCGGCGGCGGCGGCGGCGGCGGGUGGGGACAAGUCCAACGGGAACAAGUCCGCCAAGGCCGAGGUCGUCUACCCGCGCACCCUCGUCCAGCCACACCAGGUGUCGGGAAUUCUGCACACCAUAAGCACGGAGCGCGAGGGGCUGCACAGGAAACGCCUGAUAUGGUGUUUUGUGGGCAUGCCUUUCACCAUCCCCGUUGCUCUGGUUCCCAUUAUACCCAACCUACCAUUCUUCUACCUCAUGUACCGCGCCUGGUCGCACUGGAGGGCUCUCGCAGGCGGGCGCCACAUCCAGCUCCUACUGAAGAACAACAUGUUCACUUUGACCCCGUCGCCAGUCCUGGACCAGGUCUACGCGACUCAGAAACACCCCCUACCCGCGGCUCCCGAGCCCACCACCGAGGAACCCCCAAUCUUGGCCGCCGGGAAGAUCAACCACCCCAACCCCGACGCCGCGCCCUUGCAUCCCGAGGGCGAGACCAUGCUCCUCUCGCAGGACAACGGCCGGCGCAUGACCGAGGCCCUCGACCUGCCCCAGCUCGAGGUUGAGCUCGAGCGGGCCAUAUGGCAGGUCGAGACAGCCAUCCGAUCACAUAAUGGCGAGAAGGAUGCAGCAUCAGUGGCCGACAACACAGCAACCCCGGCCAGUCCCGGCUCAAACUCCACCUCUUCAGCUGCAUCGGAAUCUACGAAUGCUAGCGCCGAGUCCAAGGUUAAGAAACAGCAAUGAGGCAAUGCUAUGUCAUUUUCCCCCUUGCGGUUCUGUUUCUGCACUAGUUCCUCGCUGUCUUCCCAUAUCCGGGAGGGCCUGGCAUCUCAUGAAACCACGCGCUGGGGUGAUAAAAACUCGGGUUUCCACUUUGUUGAUGAUACUACAUGACGAUGUACGAGCACUCUUGUUUAAUGAGGUGUUUUAGUAUGAACUGGAAAACUAAUAGCCUGUGAAGGAGGAACCCUGAAGGUGUUCCGCAACCCCCCUCGGAAAGCUCUUCUCAUCCUAUCCACCACCCUGUGUUUGGGAGGGUGUAGACUGCCUCCAACAGAAUCCACCUAGGAUUUAUUGACAUUGAUAAUUAAAAAAAACACCGAACUCCCUGAACUGCCAUGUUCAGAUGCCCUUGAACGCCCAUGCCCAUCAAAUUGGACCCUUUCAAGAUGGUGAUACACGCACGCUUUGACUCCUUCCCCCUAGUUCGACUCCCA